UUUUUAUUCCCUCUGCUGUUGCGCCCUGCAAACUCCAGUACCGCCACGAAGCGACGUCGUUGGAUUCAAGCACAGAAUGGGAUCCAAAAACAAUGUUAAGAAGAACAAGAGCAAGAAGAAGAAGGACAACAGCGAGAAGCACAAUUCCAACAACGAUUUUGAUGAGAAGAACAAUAACAACAACGAUGGAAGCAAUAAUGUCAUCAGCGACCCUAGAUUCUCGUCGCUUCACACCGAUCCUCGGUUCCGCGAAGACGCGCCAAAACACAAAACCAAGGUGGCUAUCGAUUCGCGAUUCGACCGAAUGUUUACAGAUAAGAGCUUCCGGCCCAGUGAAGCCCCCGUUGACAAGAGGGGCAGGCCCAAGAAGGGCCCACCUUCCACUCACGCUUCUCUGAGACACUACUAUAAAGAAGAAGAAGAAGAAGAAGAAGAAGAAGGAGGAGGGACUGAGUCGGAAUCGGCUGAGUCGGAAGAGGGGAGUGAAUCGGAGUCUGAUGCCGAUACGGAUACGGAUACAGAUGCAGAUGAGGAAGGUGCUGACGUGGAGGCUUACGAUGAGGAAGAAUCUGAAGUGAAGGAAGAGGUGCCGGCGAUUGAGCAAGAGACACAUAGGCUUGCUGUUGUUAACAUGGACUGGAGGUAUGUUAAGGCUGUUGACUUGUAUGUGUUAUUAAGUUCGUUUGUCCCAUCUAAUGGAAUGAUCGAAUCGGUAGCUGUCUAUCCGUCUGAGUUUGGUCUCCAGCGUAUGAAAGAGGAGGAAGUUCAUGGCCCCAUUGGUCUAUUUGAUGAUGAAAAGGAAAACAGUGACGAUGACAGCGAUGAUGAUGAUAUUUACAAUGAGAAGCUGCGUGAAUAUGAGAAGAGCAGGAUGAGGUACUAUUUUGCCGUGGUGGAAUGUGAUUCGGUUGCCACAGCAGAUCAUAUUUACAAAGAAUGUGAUGGUCUUGAGUUCAUACAAUCAUCUAAUGCACUUGACUUGAGAUUUAUUCCUGAUGACAUGGAAUUCAAGCACCCACCUCGGGAUGUUGCUACAGAGGCACCUGCAAACUAUGAGUGCAAAGAUUUCUAUUCUCGAGCACUUCAACACAGUAAAGUUAAUCUAUCUUGGGAUGAGGAUGAACCUCUCCGUGCGAAGACCUUGAAACGGAAAUUCAAUGAUGAACAGCUGGCCCAGUUGGAAUUGAAUGAAUUUUUGAACACUGAUGAGAGUGCAAGUGAUGAUGAUGAAGAAGAUAACAAUGAGACAAAGGAUCAAGUUGAUAAAAAGGCAAAAAAACGAGAAAAAUACCGUUCUUUACUCCAAGCUGGUGAUGGUUCAGAAGGAGAUAGUGAAGAGGAUGGUCCCCAGGAUAUGGAGGUCACCUUCAAUACGGGGUUAGAAGAUAUAAGCAAACAUAUUAUGGAAAAGAAGGAUAAACAAUCAGAAACAGUUUGGGAAGCGUAUCUGAGGAAAAGGCGUGAGAAAAAGAGGGCCAGGAAAAACAAAUCUCAGUUUUCAUCAGAUGAUGAUAGUAGUGAUGAUUCUGAUCAGGAAGCUGCUGAAGAUGCAGAUGAUUUCUUUGUUGAGGAGCCUGCUGUAAAGAAGAAGGCAAAAACUAAAAAUGAAGAGAAUAAGAACCAAAAUAUUGAUGGAGCUGACAAAGCAAGCAAAGAAGAGCUUGAAUUAUUACUUGCUGAUGACAAUGGAACUGAUGCUGGCCCUAGGGGAUAUAAUCUCAAGUUCAAAAAAGGAAAGGGCAAAAAGAAGGAUAAUGCCAUUGAUGAGGCUAAAAUACCAAGCAGUACUUAUGAUGAUCCGCGUUUUGCAUCUCUUUUCUCUCCUGACUAUGUAAUUGAUCCAACUGACCCACAAUUUAAGAGGAGUGCGGCAUAUGUCAGGCAACUAGCACAGAAGCAGCAGAAGGGUAGUUCGGAAAUAUCAGCGGAAAGGGAGAAUGCGAAGCCUCCUAGAGGAGCACAGUUGUCCUCUGAAGAUUCUGGCAUGGCGAAGAAGGGUGAGGAAGAAGGAUCAGAUGUUUUGAGAACAAAGAAAGAUAAGCACGAGUUGUCAUCUUUAGUGAAAUCGAUUAAGAUGAAAUCAAAGCAAGUUAAAUUGCCCUCAGAUGAUAAGACAAGGAAAGAUGGAAAAUUGCGAAAGAGACAUUAGUUUCUCAACCUUGUUCAAUCCAUAAACUUGGAAGAAUGAGAUCAUUCAAAAUGCUAUACAAUCUUGAAGGACUAAAGGUUAAGAUAGUUCAAUCUUUUGCCAAGAACCUUCUGAUUGGUUAUUUAAUAGAUCCAUUUGAAAUUUUGAAUCCACAUAAUAAUUAUGGUGCUGAUUCAUUUUUUUGUUGUACAAGUUAACUACAUAUACCAAUUUGUAUUGAAUGCAGACCCAAAUCUUGUUCUUGGUA